AUGCUAAAAUGAGCAUCAUUUCCACUAAACUAGAUUUUAAAGUUGGAGAUGAGAUCUUGCUGUUGUGUAAAGCUGGAGCAGAGGGAGAAAUAACCUGGCAAAAGGAUGGGGAGGACAUAGAUGAUGAAGAGAUUGUGAAUAAGUUGGACGAGACCUCCUCCAAAUUGGUAAUUAAGAAGGCUAGAAUGCAGGAUGUCGGCAGGUACACUUGCCACUGCGAUUUUGACAGCGGACAUAAAGAUGAUGUUCAGAUACAGCUGUUUGUUUAUGAUGGGCCGUCAUUUGGAAGCACUAAGACCUACCAUGAGUUUCUGGAAGGUACAGAUGUGCUGGUACCCUGCCUGGUGACUGGACAGCCACAGGUGGAUGUUCAGUGGUUUAAGAACCGGCAAGAAAUCUCUAAUGUGGGAGGGCAUAUGCGUAAGCAGUCUGAUAACACGCUACGUAUUGAAAAGGUGAAGAGAGUGGAUGCUGGGACAUACGUGUGCAGAGCUCAGAUCAGAGGGAGGUCGUCAAUCUUUGUGGAACUCUCUGUUUCUGUUGUUGUCAAUGCUCCCCCGACUGUGAGACUGAGAGAAGAGGUGAAGAAAGUGUUGGCUGGACCUGAAACUAACGUCUCUUUGUUGUGUUUGGUGGACGGUCUGCCACAACCCAACAUCACCUGGACCAUGUAA